AGAAGGAGCUGCUGCGCCUGGGCUUCUCUCUGCGCCUGGGCUUCUCUAUCCCUCCGAUCCUUUAAUCGAGGCAAUCGAAACUGGUGCUUCUAGACUGGUGAGAUUGCAAAAUGGAGGAGCAGCCCAAACGACUUUCUGGGAAAUUUAUAAGCUCUUGUCACGUGCAGCCUGUCAGUCAAUGGAAGUUGGCCUGUCCACGCAAAUGCUACCUCUGCGAAGGUGUUGUAGUUCACCUACUCCUGGAAGGACAACUGGCAUCGUUCCUAAAGAUGCACAAGAUGGAUCAUACGCCGCCUACAAUCAAAAGAAUUUUCCCUCCCCAUGUGAUGUGUCAUCCACAGAAUACAGAAACACGCGUUAUCGCACAACCGAGUUCGUGUGUGAGGAAUACGCGCAUCGCGUGGCGCGUGCAUUGGCGCUGAUACGGGAAAGUAUCGAAAAAGCAGAAGAUCCUGAGCUCUGCUUGAUUGGUCUUGACGAAGACCGCUAUGCCAUACGUUUUUGCGCUUUAGCCGUGGACGGUUGGGAUGAACAAUGUGAACAUGAGAGUUCGCGCGUAGCACGUGGAAGUAACUUGCCGAGUGAACAGUCAAGGGUGAUCCCUAUGGGCGACGCAAGGAAACAAACACAAAGCCAUGAUUUUUCAGGUGGUGGUGGUGGAUUGGGAGUAAUAUCGACUGCUUUUCAACUCGGCGCACUCUUUGCUCCAACACCAUUGCUGAGAACUGUCUCGAAUGCAGUGACAGCAAUUGCUGGUAGCCUUGAUCGUGUUGUUACUUGGCUCAACGACGUGUCCUCUAGUGGGUCGGGCUCGGGGUCUGCUGGAACAAUAGCGAAUGCUGCUGGUCGUAUUAUUUUGCCUGGUGGAGGUGGAGGAGUGGGUGGACACAUCAACACAGCAGCUGUCAACCAAGCAGAAAGUGUACACCAUCACGAUCAUGAUGUUAUACGUUACCAAAUGAAGAUGAAAAGUAGGCAGCAGGGUUCCUCCGUCUUGGCCACAGCUACGCAGCAUCUCUGCAGCUCAAUUGUGCAGAGCGUUUUCCGGUACACGGGUGACCUAUGGUGCUCACGCACCUUUUUCGUCACUUUAUGAAGAACUUUAAGUUCAUCUUUCAGCCUAGUUGACUUUCUAUCUAUUCGUUCGGCCUUCUUGCUCAGCUCGCUCAGUUGUAGGUUGCUGUUCGUUCUUUCCAAAUUUUCCCUCUCUAAUCAAGGUAGAACAAGCUUUGCGCGUUCUGAAAACUGACCCGCUUCUUUUCCUCGUCCGAGUGUCAGAGUUGCGACCGUGCAAAUUAGAGGCCAAGUUCGUGUCUAUGUCGAUGCUCUUAAGGCUACAGCCGUGCCGUCGAGGUGAACCCAUUUCUUAAUACCAGUACUACCGCAUCUUUUAGCCAUUUCCUUCUUCGGAAUCACGUAGAAAGAACUAAAAGAUGCUCUAAGAACUAAGUCUGAGAACAACCAAGUAUAAAGGUUGUUCUUGAUGGAACGACAACUUUUAAUGUAAGAGAAGGGAGUGCGCCGUCUUCUUCUUGCGCCGCAUCAGAAAGUACAUCAAGAUCCUUCCCGGUUCGACACCUUGUGCCUUGAAAAAAGAUGGUCCCGUGGUGAAGGGGCAGCUGAGAUCCUGCGACGGAGUCUUUUUCUGCUUCAAAGGAUUGGAAGUUUGAUUUCUGUAGAGGAUGUAUCAAAUACUAGUACCAUGCGUAGCAAAGACCAGGAGGAGGAGAAAAAAGAAGCCGUGUUUCACUUCGCUCUGGAAUCUGCAGAAGCGCUAGUAGAGUCUGCGCCUUUUUGCCUGCUCACAGCUGCCUUCUUGCUGCGACAAGACGAAAUUAAGGCAGAUGGUUUCUUGAUACACUUACACUAAUUCUUUGUAGCUAGCUUUCUGAUUGGUCGUUCACUUGAUCUUCAUCUACAGAUAAAGUUUUAAGUACGUCGUUUUUAAUGAUAUUAGUACCUGAAUCUUCAGGCUGAACAUGUAACCGAUGACAUGCUUGCGAUAAUCUAUGCCAAAGAGAAACUACAGCAACGACAGGUGGGACCUCGACUACGCGUCGCACGCCGUCGUGGAUUGUGAACGUUGGACGAAAGAGCAGAACAACUUUGCUUCGUAUGGCGUUCGAGAAUUUUGUUUCGUAUGCGUUAUCAAGCAGUGUAGUUGAAAGAAUAGUUAAGGGUAGGUUAAAGGUGCUUUUCUUACCGCUUUUUAUGCCUCUCCUAAGGGAGAAAGGCAUAAAAAGCGGGGUAAGCGAGCACCAACAACCUACCUCUAAAAUAGGUGAACAAGAACAACAGGUGGAAGUUCCUGCGAUAUAUCUAGCUCUUCUGUGUGCUUGGAGUGACAUUGCCGAUGUGCGUCAGUGCUUAGGCGACGGACCUUGGCAUUGGGUCCCAACUCUGAUUGAUGCAGUUUGGAAGUGCAUCAGCUUAGCCACAAGCCCCUCAUUAGACCAAGGACGAUCCGGGGCUUUUUUGACAAUUAAGGCUACACUUGCAGCUACAGAUAAUCAUAAUCCAUCUUCAACCAGGGAUAUUGAUUCUAGACUUAGAGGAUGAGUUAGUGUCCCUCUUUAUCUUCUGCAUUUGCAUGGCUGCUCGUUGGGCCACUACGUGCACUACCUCUUCUAAAUCAGUGUAUCAGUCUGACCUCGCGGAGCUAUUUGGGAUUUUGCUGGUACAAUACGGGGACACUUUUGAGCACGCGCCUCUCGCUUUGCAAGGGUUUUGCGAAGAACACUUCUGGGUCCAAGUACGGUCUCAAGGAGGAGGCAACAUGAUUAGCAGAUUUUAUGAGGAAGAUGAAGUUGAAGAUGAGAUUUUAUACACAGUUUGUUUCAAGAAAGCUGCAGGAAACAUUCUCGUUUGCCGCUGACCAGGUUCCUCCGAUUGAAAUCUGUCUGGAAGAAAGCAAGAAUCAAUUGAGUAGUUUCCUAUUGUUGCAGUACAUGAUAUCGAAUGUGCGUUUUGUUAGUGUGGUAGUAUUGAAGGUUUUUCCCUCUAACUUCUCUACGAACAAGAAAACCUCAAUGCAGAUGAUUAUUCUAUGAGACCGAACGUGGAAGUGAUAACUACGACCACGGAGUUCGCUCGACUGAUGCAGGAAAACCUACUGCCUGAGCCUGUCGCGGUAGACGAAAGUAUUGCAUUGACUGGGUCGAAAACUCCUGUUAUGCACGAAGGAGAACGAAACCGAACAGGAACAAGCGGAAGCGAUAGAAAUAUAUCACUUUCGAAGAGGACCACAUCACCUGCGCAACAACGAACUGCUUUCCUGGUUGUGAUGGUAGUUGCACGCACCGCGCUACAGCAACAAUCCCCCAUAAUGUCUUCUAAAGUUAUGAAGCCAAAGUCUCUUAUCAUUAUCGAGCUUCUCAAGUAGAAAACUGUGACAAGACGAGUGAUAAUCAUGGGUUUUGGUUUCAUAGAUGUUGCUGCAGCAUUGCUUUAUUCUGUUUGCCAUAUGCACCAUUCGCGAAUCGACACUGGUGAGUACCGUGCCCUACUGGCCUCGCUGAUCCGCAUCGAAGCUGGAUCCUACGCUGAAAGUGUAGACGAUUUCUUGAUGCAGUUUUAUCAACCUUUGAUUGCAUUUGCAACGGGAACAUUAAGGGUAGGCUAAAGGUGCUUUUGUUACCGUUUGUUAUGGCUCUCCUAAGGGGGACAGCCAUAACAAGCGGGAAAAACGAACACCAACAACCUACCUCUAAGAACAACAAGAGGCCCACCACCGGGGCAACCUCCACAGAAGACACUUCAGUCUCUACCAUUUACGCCAUCAGCUCUUAUGGAUCGUUUUGAGUGUCUCAUAACCAUCCUAUGCAGCAGUAGCAUAAGACGCACAGCACACAGCAUGAACUACAUGUUCUCGAAAAGUGUAGUACAGCAGGAGGACAAGAAGGAGCAAGAGCAACCAGCAGAGGUCAACAUGCACGACUUAAUCUGCAGUCCAGUAUUCGUCUCUAUAGCACUUGAUUGCAUUAGGCGCGCAGCGGAACCGGAAAUCAAGAAAAUUGACAACACCAUGAGCCCUCGUCGCUUCGUUUCUAUAGUUCUGCAGUUGCACAACUUCUUUGCCGCGCGUUUGGUCGUAUGGAGGACAAAUAAAGGCUCCUUGUCACCACAUCAAAUGCCUCACUUUCUUAGGGAGUACCUUGAAGUUUCCAUAAGAUUUUGCAGACAAGACACUGCAGGAGCCUUCGCACCUUCGCUUCUGCUAGCCUGUGAAGUCUCGGAAUUGCUAGAUCUUGCCCUCACGAGGCUUUUAGGUAGGUUGGAACAGAGUCUAUCUUCUAUUGCAGCUCUUGAGAAGAGUGAACAAGGUGGUGAAGAACGUGAUGUUGGAGAGGCUAGGACUUCUAGGUCUACCGUACUCGAAGGUUUUGCCCAGUUGUAUCAAGAAACUGAUCUUCCUCCAGGAAAAGUCGAUGAGCAAAGUAGAAAAUUGUCCGUAGGAAGAAACUCAGCGGGCCUCUUGUGGCUUUUGCUUGAGGUUUCUCGGAAAUUUCUUAUCCAAGGACAGAUUUGGGAGCUUCUCCUAGCGCGUGGUGGGUCCUGUGGGGAACUAGCUAGAGGUCCAAGAACCUCAGGGAGUUCAUUCCUCCAACAUCUUCAUGCUGAAGCUAGACAUCAGAUUUUAGCAACUCACGCAGAAGAAAGCAAACUUGGAAGUUGUAUAUGAAAUCGUAUUACAACUUAAGUAAAAAGAGCAACUUCUUCUAAACGACCUUACUCAAGUUGCAGCCCGAAGCAAAAUGAUUACUUGAUGUUGAGCAAAUUGUUCUGUACGUUUCGAGACGUUUCAAGACUUGUUGCAUUCCACGGCGUUCACGAAUCUUCCUAUCGGUAAUUAUAGAUGCCAUGUUAUUCGGUGUCCUCCAAAUAAACAGAGAGCAUAAUUUCUAGGAAAAUUAUGUCAUAAAAAAAACGAGCCAGUCUCAGUGGAGGACGAGUGCAACAUUAUAACUUUUCUACUACGAAAAUUAGUAAAUAAGCGUCUGUUUUGCUCUGAGUAUAAUCAUGUCUCGUCCCACAAGUUCUUCUACGUCGUCCAGCCGAUGUGACGUUCAUUGUUGAUGUACCCACACGUUCUUCUACGUCGUCCCCGAAGCAGCCGAUGUGACGUUCAUUGUUGAUGUACUUAGUCAAUCUCAUUGUUGAUGUAGUGCCA